AUGUCAGAAACACUCCAGGACCGCCGGACGGACGCAGACGACGGUUUGGCCGUACCAGACAUCCUCCCGCUCACGGAGUAUGAUUCUUUCAGGGGAAAAGUCCAUGCGUCCCUGCUGUGGGCCAUAGGAAAGGCGUAUGGCGGGCUGGUUCCUCCCGAGCUACAGUGGCCGUUCUUCACGGACGAUGAGGGUGUGGAGCAGCUGACGCCGUUGUUAGUGGGCAUGCUGACAGCAGGAGAACUCUACUGUAUGAUCUGUACCCAGCUGUUCCGUGAGCCGUGUGACUGGGGGGGACACUGGUCUGUGAUCCAGGCGCUCGGGCGGAGAGGUAUACAGGCGAUGGAGGACGAGGAAAACGGAGUCUCACAGGAAAACUUACAGGAGGCCCAGCCUAUCAACCUGAAGUCCCACCUUGCCGUCCUUGAUGCCCUGAUGGAGGCUUACAUUAAUGAGGUCAUCAGUAUAGAAGGGGUCGUCACAGCUGUCAAGAAAUUUGCGUCGUUCAAUGCGUCCCAGGAGCUUCCCUAUGACAUGGAGGAUGCUCUGCUGUUCUGGUUAAGUAAGGUGGGGAGAACUCUGCAGGACGACAGGGCCAGCAAGAAGGUGAACGACCCAGAGGGCGGUGACCUCCCUGUGCUGGAUGACAUCCUGAAGGACCUUAAUGAUGGGCGGGUGCUUCUCGCCGUGCUCUGCUUCUACUGUCCCAACCACAUCCGCCCUGCAGAUGGCCAGCUUGGCUCGCUGAUUUCGAUGUCAGAGUCGGUGCGGAACCUGUCCCUGGUUCGCCGGUUCUGUGACCAGCAUCUGGGCGCGAUGUUCCACCUUUCCUACGAGGACGUGCUGUACAGCCCGGAGGUUCUGAAGCCCAACGUGAAGGCGUUCGUAGCCGAGCUGUUCUGGUGGCUGGAAGUGGUGCAGCCGGAUAUUGUACAGCCUGGGCUGACCAACCAUCAACAGACAAUUCCGUUAGAACCUGAGGUGUCCUCCACCCCAACCCGAGCCCGCCCGCGGCCCACAGUCCCCAUCAGCAAGGCGACGAAACGGAGCUUCCAGGUCCCCACACCGGAGAGAGACACGCAGAGUAACCUCAGCAUCACUCCCUCCCAUAGCAGUCCUGAUAUCAGUAAACACACGCCGCUGUUAACACUGAGACAUCGGGCAAAAAGGGACAGUCAGCACGGGGAGGGUGAGGAAGUCCUUCAUCCUCUAAGAAGGUCCAACUCCUUAAACUCUGCCUCAGACGCAUCAGUGAAGGGUUCUGUCAUGGCCUGGCCUGAGGUUGCCAAUAGCAACGGAGGAGUGCCACGCCCAGGGAACGUCGGCCACGAGUCCCAGCAGGACCUUGACCUUGAGAGUGUUUCCUCGCGGCCUGAAUCCCGCACAGACCGAGCAGACAGUAGUCCGGCUCCCCAGGCUCCUCAGGCUCCCCGAGAGCCGCUCAUGCCUGCCGUCCUCAGACCCUCCAAGGAGAAAAACAACACCUGUAAGAAAGAGGAAGAACUAGGAGAAGGCCCUGACAAGUCUGUUACAAAGAUUGACCGUACGGGCAGACUUCGCCACACCGUGGUGUCAAGUGACGUGGACACCAUGGAUCAGAUUACGCCCAUCAGCGAAUCGGUGAGCAGCUUUUCGCUCUCGAGCUCCAGCGACGUGGUGAUGGGCUCGCAGGGCGACUCUGACUCAACCGUCAGCUCCGAGAGCUGCUCCACCAAUCGGCCACAGGGGUUCUACCUCGCGCCGGUCUCCACGGCGAUGUCGUAUGACGUCACAGACCGAGCGCCGGAAAAGCGUGGAAUCCCGGCUACCGGUAAAAGCUACACUGUAGCUGAAAACAUGUACACAACGGAAUCUGCCCAAGCAGCGGGGAUUCCUAUCAUUGAUGACAACAACUUGGGGAGGGGGGCGGGCUUCGAAGAAGAGGAGAACCCUGGAACAGGGGAAGACGGUGGGAGCGUCGUAGAGUCUCCGAAACUUCACAGUGAAACUUUAGACAAGGAGAAAGAGCUCCAGAAAGAAUCAUCGUCGCUACUCCAGAAGGAGCGAGAGUCGCUCCAAAUGGAGUUUCUCCAGCGAGAGUCGGUGCAGAUACAGACCUGGGGGAAGGGUGGCGACAAGAACUGUAACGGUGGUGGUGUAACCAUGGCAACGACCCCCUCGCAGGAGGUCAAGGUCGCGGCGACCUCUGCCGGGUGCGUGACGACGUGGGGGCGUAACCGGGCCUCGCGUGGAAGCACUCCGGAGGAACAGGAGAACGGACACGGAAGCCAGCCGCUCGCGUCGCAGAUGGUCAAACUCAGACUGAAGUUAGAAGAGAAAAGGCGAACGAUCGAAAACGAGAAGAAGAAAAUGGAGCUGCAAUGGAACAGGCAGAGACAGAGAGUCGGUAAAGCGGCGUUCUUACACGUCAUUUCCCAGAAGAAGAACACGAAAGAGCCGCCGGUAGCGGAAAACUACCGCUACGACAGAGGCGACAACAACGGGAGAAUCCGGUUUGACAAAAACGAAGUCAGUGCUCCGUGUAUGACAGGAUUCGCCUCGGCUAACUCAUCCAUACCCGAGGAAGUGGCUUCGGAAGUGAACAGUCUUGCGCUUAGGGAACCCGUGUUCGCUCCCAAACAGUCCCACGAGCUGCCCAUGUCCCCGAAUGAAGCAACCAGCCCUGGCAACGGGGAUGUCAUAGACCUGAACGAAUAUAACACUUCCCUAGAGAGGCUGAACAGCGAUCUGUCCAUGAUUCAGAAGGAAAUCGCGCGCUUGUCUCACCAGCAGGACGUUCUGAAAAGCCAGUCUUCUCCACAGGCGAAGGAAAGACCGCCGCAAUCGGGGAAAGUAAAGCCAGUAGCGUCCAAGUCACCGAAAAGCAAGGAGAAAAAUGUUGCGUCCACGCCCAAACUGACUCAUGCUAACGUAGCAGGCACCGUGUCCAACGCGAGUUCCGUUUCAUCGAACCAGUCGCGAUCGUCGAAAAAGCAGCCAGGCAGAGUCACGGCGAUGGAAGCCUCGCCGACGAUCGAACAUGUGCAACACCGGAGACUAGCCGGCAGCCAGUCGGACCAGACCCUGGGGCUGGGUGGUUCCUCGGGGCAGCAGUUUGAUGCAGACCUGCCCAGGAGUGAGUCAGAGCCAGUCCCGCCGGCGUGUGUGGAGGACAGCGUAGGGACAGUACUACCUGUCCGCACCACGUUUGACAGCACGGUGGAGCAGUGGGCACUAACGGGGGAGGUGUCCAAACCUGAAGACAGUAGGGAGGAGGCUGUGUUACCUGAGAGCCCGGGAGGGGAGGGCAAGGCUGCCGCUGUAGGGUUCUUCUCCUUUAACUCUGUGGAUGCAGACAAGACAAAAGCAGAAGAGAUGACAAGAAAACGUGAACAGUUCCUGCGAACGCGGCAGAAGCGAGAAGAACAGCUGAAGGCACGACAGAUGGAACGGGAGGCUGAGCUGGAGAGGGAGAGGGAGGAGAGAAGACGACGUCAGGAGGAGGCAGAACAGAGAAAAGCUGAGGAGAAGGCGAGGAAGGAGCUGAUUUAUCAGGAGUACCAGAGACGGAAACAGGAGCAGGAACUACAGCAGCAGCAGCAGAGGAAGGGAGCACGGCCUAAAAAAUCACGCCCGAAGUCUGGGCCUCCUACUGACAGUCACAAGGGGUCAUCAUCUUCAGGAGGUUCCCGUCCUGCGAGUGUUGUGGAGAGUCGUGAUGAGACCAGCGGCAGCUCUGGCAGCGGGAGGAAAACUCCUGACUGGGAACAGUCUUCUCAGUCAUCAACCAGCGAGUAUACAGGCCCAAAGCUGUUUGUGAAGCCGAGCACCAAGUCCAACCGCCACAUCAUCAUCAACGCCCUGAAGGACUGCUGUCUGGCCGGGGAGGUCAACAACCAGGUCAAGGGUAAAGUGUUAGAGGCGCUUGCGAUGUCGGAGUCUAACCACUACGUGAUCCUGUUCCGGGACGCGCGGUGCCAGUUCCGGGCGGUUUACUCCUACAACCCGGAGAACGAGAAAAUUCACAAACUGGUGGGGAACGGACCAUCAAGUAUCAUGGGGAAGAUGAUCAGCAGUCUGUACAAGUACAACAGUGGAGGGAAGCAGUUUGUCGGGAUUCCCUCCAAAACCAUGUCAGUCAGCGUCGACGCUUUAACCAUCCACAACCACCUCUGGCAGAGCAAGAAGUCAUCGGGGAAGUAAA